AUGGCCUCCGUCAACGGCUCUUCGUCAACGCUACAAAAGCGGCCUCCAACCCCCAAAUCUUCCUCAUCGGCCCCUAAAACUAACGGUGGUCCCCCUCCUCCUAUCCCCGAUUCCAAGAAAGACGUUCAUCCUCCGCGGCGCUCCUCGCUCAAUUUCCUCCGUCGUACAAAGUCAGGUGAUCCAGUCCGUAAGGUCCCAGUCGUCGCCGCGGAGGCGCCAAAGCUACCCACUAUCUUCAACGGCGCGGCAAAUAACGCUGCUAUGCAGGCGCCACCGUCGCGAAAUGGGUUUGGGAGGGAAAUUAGAGACUCAGUCGCGAUUAUAAGCGGAAAGUUUGGUGCGGACGAGGAGUACGGCAACGGUGUAGGAAAGGCCAACCCGCUGGGUGGCACUGUGCCAUUUACAGAGGAUCCGUAUGCAAAGGAAGGAAGUAUGGCACAUAGAGGGAGGUAUUCGUACGCGAGUAAUACCAGUAGCAGUACUUAUAUCAAUUCCCCAAGAAGGGUCAGGAGGAGGAAAGAUCCAACGCCAUUCAAUGUUCUCGUUAUUGGCGCUAAAGGUUCUGGUAAAACAUCAUUUCUACGCUUCCUCCGUCAGUCACUCGCCCUGAAGCCUAAACGCGGGCAAGUGAUCACCGCGGACGAGAGCCCUGAAGCUCCCGCACAGGCCGCUGACUUGACCGCCACAUUCAAUUCCUCAUACCUCGAAACUGACAUUGACGGCGAGCGCAUCGGACUCACCCUCUGGGACUCGGCUGGCUUGGAGAAAAACCUUAUCGACUUGCAGAUUCGCCAGACCGUCGCUUUCCUAGAAUCGAAAUUCGAAGAAACAUUCACCGAGGAAACUAAGGUCGUCCGUGCCCCCGGAGUAAGGGAUACCCAUAUCCAUUGUGUAUUCCUGCUCCUUGACCCUGCGCGCCUAACACCGAAUAACCAUUACCAUGGUAAAAGCGGGAGCAAGGAAGAUGUUGGUGGUCUUGACAACGAUCUCGAUAUCGCCGUUCUUAAGGCUCUACAGGGAAAGACUGUCGUUAUCCCUGUCGUUAGUAAGGCGGAUAACUGCACCCUCGCACAUAUGGAAUCUUUGAAGAAGCUCGUCCGCAAGGGUCUAAGCCGUGCCGGAGUCGACCCUCUAGAUGCGCUCGAUCUCGAGAUUCCAGAGACCGACAGCACUGGCAAAGGCAACAGGGGCUCCCUCGCCGAAGUUGAUGAGGAAGACAACGACGAUCUACCGGCAGCCCAUAACUCUAUCUCCUCUGCCGGAUCCGAUAACGGAAGACACGAGGAGGAUGAAGGAAAUUUGUCGCUGUUACCAUUGUCGGUGAUUUCCCCGGAUUCGUAUGAACCAGGUGAGCCUGUGGGUAGAAAGUUUCCUUGGGGAUUUGCGGAUCCGUACGAUGAGGGCCACUGCGACUUUGUCAAGUUGAAGGAGGCUGUUUUUGUGGCUUGGAGAGGCGACUUGAGGGAGAAGAGCAGAGACGUGUGGUAUGAGAACUGGAGGAGUGAUAGGUUGGGGGCCAACCGGAAGAAGUGA